UGUCGUUUCUGUUUGUAGUUUACUGUACAGGUGCGAAUAAGUAUAAACACACAAACUUGGUAAGAUGACUACACACCUGCCAUUGUGUGUUUGUCCUUAAAGCUCGAGGUGAUCUACCCACAGAGGUCAAGCUUUGUCACCGUCACACCUGGAUGGAUACGACCUUAGCUAGGUUAGUUUUAAAAAUACUCCACGCCUACCCGUACCGGAAGUAACACCAGUCGGGAAGUUGAACGGUCAAAUAUGGCAUAAUAACAGCAACAGGUCAGUUCUGAACGACACAAGAGAGGUCACCCGAGGUCAAUUAAACGUGAUGUCCGACGAGGAUGAGCGGCAUGACCGCUGGUCAGAGGACGAUGACGUCAGACCACCCGUUGGUAAUGGUCAACCCCCUUCGACAAUGUCCAAACUCCCUGAUCUGGUCGGGAUCGAUUACCCCGUGAAACUUCCGGGCCGGCGACAAAAUAGUGUUUCCAACGACGCUUUGAACGAUGCAGACUCCGAGUCCACCUCAGUCGACUCCAGGAUCAACCCAAGGAACAUCAAAACCUCCAUGAACCCUGGGGUGUACAGACCAAAGCGAGGCCACUCUCGGACGCCCUCAAGGGGUACGAUGAUGACGGAGGAGACGACGGACAGCCGGAAGCAGAUCUUCGGUGUUGACGAGAACGAAGAGCGCGGGAACUGGUCGGGUCGUUUCGACUUCUUGUUGUCCCUGUUGGGGUACGCCGUGGGUCUUGGUAAUGUUUGGCGCUUCCCGUAUCUAUGUUACCGGAACGGAGGCGGGGCCUUCCUCAUCCCAUUUAUUAUCAUGAUGAUCAUCAUCGGUGUCCCUCUCUUCUUCAUGGAGGCUUGUCUCGGUCAGUUCUGUAGCAGCGGCCCCAUGACGUGCUGGAAAUUUGCGCCGCUUUUCAAAGGUGUUGGUAUCGCCAUGGUGAUUGUUUCGGCCGGGACCUCAAUGUACUACAAUAUGAUCCUCGCCUGGGCCUACUUCUACAUGUUCGCUUCCUUCACUAGCACUCUUCCGUGGCAGGGAUGUAACAAUUACUGGAACAGCAAAGACUGCAGCCUCAAACUUCCUUUGGUGAAGUGUGAAGUAGGUGAGAAGUUCCUUAACGGGUCCUGCUUUGUGAGUGGUAAAUUCAAGGGACUGUGGAAUGACACCUUAUUUACCAACGCGACAGGCCGGAAGAGGAUAUCACCGGCGGAAGAAUAUUUCAAUAACAGGGCGCUAGGUCUGAGUGACGGCCUGGAAGACUUCGGACAGCCACGCUGGGAGUUGGUCCUCUGUCUGCUCCUCGCCUGGUUCGUUUGUUUCCUCUGCCUCAUCAAGGGUAUCAAGACAACGGGAAAGGUCGUGUACUUCACAGCCAUUUUCCCUUACGUCGUUCUUGUCAUCCUGUUCUUCCGUGGUAUCACCCUGGAGGGGGCGGGCAAGGGCGUGUACUACUACAUCGUCCCGGAGUGGGGGAGGCUGUUGGACGCCAGGGUAUGGAAGGACGCCGCCGUUCAGAUCUUUUUCUCGAUGUCCAUUGCUGGUGGAGGCCUGGUCACGUUGUCUAGCUACAAUCGGUUCCAUAACAACAUCCUCAAAGACUCAGUGAUCGUCAGUUUGGGAGAUACUCUCACCUGCAUCUUUGCCGGGUUUGUCAUAUUCUCCUACUUGGGCUUCAUGGCGAACAAGCUGAACGUGGAGGUGAAGGACGUUGCUAAGGACGGUGCGGGUCUGGCGUUCGUGGUAUAUCCUGAGGCGGUGACCAACCUGCCACCUCCUCCUCUUUGGUCCAUCCUCUUCUUCUUCAUGCUCAUCACACUGGGACUCGACAGUCAGUUCGCUAUGUUGGAGACCGUUUUAACGGGAGUUCUCGAUCAGUUUCCACAUCUCCGACCAAAGAAAACUUUAGUCAUCCUCUGUAUCUGUAUAGUAUUCUUCUUUCUUGGACUACCUCUGACUGAGCUAACUUUUUGUCUUCCAUGCAUGUCAUCAUUACUGCCUGGUGGUAUGUACCUGCUACAGUUGAUGGACAACUAUGUGGGAGGCUGGACCCUCCUCAUCAUCGGCCUAUUUGAGAAUAUAUGUGUGGCCUACGUAUACGGCGUAAAUCGGUUCUUGAAGGAUAUAGAGACUAUGCUAGGCUUUAAGAUGGUGAUGUGGUGGAAGAUUUGUUGGUGGGUAAUUAGUCCGGUAACACUGGUGGCCCUGUUCAUCUUUACUUUUGUUGACUACACCCCCUCCGAGUAUGGAGAUUACAAGUACCCCGGCUGGGCGGACGCGCUGGGCUGGAUCAUGGCCUUCCUCUCUGUCCUAGCCAUUCCUAUUACCAUGCUUUACAAGAUCUCAAAAGAGGACGACGAAGACGGCUGCAUUGAGAAAGUGAAGCUGCUGUUGACCCCGACUCGAGAGUGGGGUCCAGCCCUGGUGAAACACCGCAAACUCGUGACGUAUGUGGAGGGCUGGGUACUCGACCCCUGGGAGGAACUGGCAACCUACGUCAACAACGCUUUUGCCUCGGACAAAACGAAGUCGCAAAGCACACUGUGGGCAUCAGAAACGGCUCUAUCGCCGUACUUUACCGCCCGUAAGAAGGACCUCAGUGACAGUGAAAGUUACACUGCCACGGAGGUGUCAAAGAGGACCGGCGUGUCGCUCGAAUCCUAUGUCUGACGACUACUUACAUUUAGAUGUUUAUGAUUAGAACGCGAGGGCGUGUGCUACAAACUGUUGAUCUUACCAAAUAGCUGUGUAUAAUCCAUGGUCUCUAUGGCUUGUGCUACGUUUUAUCUUCUAAAAGAAAAUACACGUGACUAGGAUCACUAGGAUAUGUGUUUUACUCAAUCAUCUAGCCAUAAAGCUGUACGUGACAAGGCUUGCUGACUCGACAUGACUACAGAGUUGUCUUUCUUAGCAAGGCAGACAGUCAAAUUAGUUUGCUUACACAUAUUUAUAUGGAGACAAGAUCUAAUAUACAGGAAACAGCGCAAUUUUUUUUCAAAUUUAUUUACAUAAUACCACAGAUUGCAAAUGAUGCUGAUAUAAUCAUGGCUUGCAUUGUCUGCCAUUGGUUGUCACAGCCGACUACAUACAUUUUGUAUUACUAUUUUUAUUUUGUAUGGGUGACUGACUGAUACCGUCCAAUGGCUACAGAUUCGUACAGAUUCGUACGUAUAAUGUCUGUUUUUGACCAUGAUCAAUUGCUGCAUACUGUUAUACCUAGCCUGGCUGACUUUCCGACCAAUGACUGCCUACUGUUAUACUUAGCUUGGCUGACUUUCCGACUUAUGACUGCAUACUGUUAUACCUAGCUCGGCUGACUUUCCGACCAAUGACUGCAUACUAUUAUACCUAGCCUGGCUGACUCUCCGACUAGUGACUGCAUACUGUUAUACCUAGCCUGGCUGACUUUCUGACUAAUGACCGCAUACUGUUAUACCUAGCUUGGCUGACUUUCCGACUAGUGACUGCAUACUGUUAUACCUAGCCUGGCUGACUUUCCGCCCAAUGACUGCAUACUGUUAUACUUAGCUUGGCUGACUUUCCGACUUAUGACUGCAUACUGUUAUACCUAUCUUGGCUGACUUUCCGACCAAUGACUGCAUACUUUUAUACCUAGCCUGGCUGACUUUCCGACUAGUGACUGGAUACUGUUAUACCUAGCCUGGCUGACUUUCCGCCCAAUGACUGCAUACUGUUAUACUUAGCUUGGCUGACUUUCCGACUUAUGACUGCAUACUGUUAUACCUAGCUGGGCUGACUUUCCGACCAAUGACUGCAUACUAUUAUACCUAGCCUGGCUGACUCUCCGACUAGUGACUGCAUACUGUUAUACCUAGCUUGGCUGACUUUCCGACUAAUAACCGCAUACUGUUAUACCUAGCCUGGCUGACUUUCUGACUAAUGACCGCAUACUGUUAUACCUAGCUUGGCUGACUUUCCGACUAGUGACUGCAUACUAUUAUACCUAGCCUGGCUGGCUUUCCGACUAGUGACUGCAUACUGUUAUACCUAGCUUGGCUGACUUUCCGACUAAUAACCGCAUACUGUUAUACCUAGCCUGGCUGACUUUCUGACUAAUGACCGCAUACUGUUAUACCUAGCUUGGCUGACUUUCCGACCAAUGACUGCAUACUAAUAUACCUAGCCUGGCUGACUUUCCGACCAAUGACUGCAUACUGUUAUACCUAGCUUGGCUGACUUUCCGACUAAUGACCGCAUACUGUUAUACCUAGCCUGGCUGACUUUUCGACCAAUGACUGCAUACUAUUAUACUUAGCCUGGCUGACUUUCCGACAAAUGACUGCAUACUAUUUUACCUAGCCUGGCUGACUUUCCGACCAAUGACUGCAUACUGUUAUAUACGAGUAUCUGAGUUAUGUGAAAUGACCACAUACUACCUAGACUGUAUGUAUGCUAGCCGACCAAGAAUGUAUUCGUUAAUUACGUGAUACACUUGCGUCAUAUAUUAUUCAAUCAUCAUAUUUUUUAACUAUAUUUCUGUGAUUUAUCAUGUUAGUCCCUUUAUUGCAAUAUUUCAUAAAACGCAUGGAUGACUGUUGAAUAAACAACGGAGAUCGUGGACGAUAGAGAGAGCGAGGAAGAAUAGAAGAGAAAGAGUGAGAGAAGAAAGAACGAAUAACAAUGAGUGAGCUUUUAUAGUAAAUAAAGAAUGAUAAAACAAUUAA